AUGAUAACUGUCAACACAGAAAACAUAGCAGCCAUUGAGUCAGCCUCCCAAAGCAACUUCAUCAUUGAAAAAUACAGUGACGUAUUUAAUGGCCUGGGCGUUUUGGCUCCAGUAACAGAACCGACUGACUGGAUAUCGUCAUUGGUGGCUGUACGGAAGCCCAGUGGGAAAAUGCGUCUGUGUAUAGAUCCCAAACCUCUGAACAAAGCGCUAAAGAGAAAUCAUUAUGCAACACCAACUAUAGACGAUAUUUUGCCAGAACUAAGCCAAGCCAGAAUUUUUUCUGUAGUAGACUGCAAGGAUGGCUUUUGGCAUAUUACUCUCGAUGAUGAGAGCAGUUUUCUCACAACAUUCGGAACCCCUUGGGGUAGAUAUCGAUGGCUCCGCAUGCCAUUCGGUAUUAAACCAGCAAGCGAAGAAUUCCAGCGGAGAAUGGAUGAAGCUCUAUCUGGUAUACAUGGAAUCAAAGCGAUUCAUGACGACAUAGUCGUAUACGGUUGUGGAAACUCGGAUGAUGAGGCCAUACGUGAUCACGACAAAAAAUUAUCUACCUUGCUAGAGAGAUGCAGGGAGAAUUAA